UCCCCCCUCGGCAGAAGUAAGGGGAUGAUUUAUUUUCUGAGUGACAGACAGCAUCGAACGUUCUCGGGCGUUGAACGUUCUGGAAGAGUUGACAAUUAUUUUCAUCCGUGGACAAGUUAACUUUUCGCCAGGAGACACCAAGUUAACAACAACAAGUUAGCUUUUCAAUUUGAAAAGAAAUCAUGAAUCCCGUCAGCUUCUUCCCCGGAAAGAUGACGGUGACAUUUAGGAGGGGACCAUCGGGUCAUCUGCGGCAGGACCCAUCCUCUGAGGCCAUGAGGAUAAAACAUAAUCCUGGGCUUCAGGUCAAUAGUCCCGCUGAGAAACCUGAGCUAGUGAAGACCAGCGCUCGCACUGUGGUCAUCCAGCGAGGAGGGGAUGUGUCGGACCGACAGGAGGUGAUGGGAGAGUACCUGCUGCAGUUUGGCAAGUACCAGGGAAAAUCGUUCAAGUGGCUCCUCGAGAACGAUGUUGGCUACACCAUCUACCUGAUGAAAAAGGUAGACGAUGAGGAGAGAGCCGGGACCUUCAACCCACAGGGACACAGUAAGGACAGCCUGCUGUCUUUUCUGGACUAUGCCAGGAGCUUCCAGGAAAUACAGGACCUGAGGAACUACCUGAUCUCCAGGAACCCUGCUGAACCUGUGGCGUCAGAGGGGGACAAUAUUGUCGGCUUUGGUCGCAGGGCCAAAACCACCUGGAGGCAGAUCUGGGAGAGCAGGGCGGAUGGUUAUGCUGCCUACAUCUCACGCCAAAAGUGCAUCAAAAACAGCAAGAUGUACAACCUGCAGCAGUACAUCCUCAAGCAGGAAAGGGCUGAAUCCUGUCCAACACCUGCAGAAGGCUCCACUACAUCUACUGCCUCCAUCCCAACAUCAGGCACUCUAGAAGGCUCCACCACAUCUACUGCCUCCACCACAUCUACUGCCUCCACCCCAACAGCAGGCACUCUAGUGAUGGAGGAGGACGAGGAACUGGAGAGACAGAUGUUGAACCUGUCUCCAUCUUUAUUUGACACCGGAGUAAGCAGGUGGAUCAUCAAGGGUGAAACCGUAACUCUUCCGGUACUUGAUCAAAUGUCCCCGGUGCUUUCAGGCCCACCAGCAGCAGUCCAGGGAAGAGCAGCUGUGGAUCCAACGAAAGGAAUUAACAUGCCGUCGAAGAUGGUAAGUGUUUUGUGUUAUAUGCAUGCUUCAUUUAAGCUGUCGUUCAAGGAUUUGGCGUGUGAAAUACCACAGAGGCUUAGAUACAGGUUCACAUGCCACAUCUUUGAUUGACCAGUGAUAUUCUUACUAUAUACUUAUAUUGCUUCUGUGCUUUACCUGUUCUCAGAUGCUUAAACGAUUUGUGUUAUUACAUUUCAAAUACACAACAAUUCAAAAUUGAAUGAAAAAUGUUUAGUCUGUGCUACCAGUUAGCUGCAAAGACAACAGGUAAAGUCAGAUUGCAAAGCAUAAGAAACUUAAAUGUGUGAGGAAAAUGACACUGAUUGU